CAAGAGGGGGUGAGUCGAAAACAAGUUGAAGUCCCAAAGUUUGUCUGUGCUGUGAUGACUGAAAAGUGAACUCUCACCAAAAUGAUCUGCAAAGCAUACCCCCUCUGUUGUCUGGAUCUGCUCAUCAUUGUUGCAAUAUUUUUCAUUGAGUUGACGCAACAGCAAAUCCCUCCGAACUUCAACAAAGACAUCUUUUAUGAUCCCAAUGCAGAGGCGCCACUCGGUUCGCACCGUGAGCCAAGCGUAUUUUUAGAUGAGUUGAAAGUAGUACCUGGCCCUCUAGAGUUCCACCGACGCUAUGUCAGCCGGUACCAGCCGGUAAUUUUCCGUGGGGCUGCUAAACACUCCAGAUCGUUUCAUCUUUGGACUGAGGAGUAUCUGACGAAAACAUACGGCAACUUGACAGUGCGGAUGGAAUCAAGGGACGAAGCAGCGAACGUGGUACCAGUUGGAGCUGGCGGUGUUGGCCGUGACACUGUGGAGAACUUCUUGAAGAACUACCAAACCUCAGACUCCUAUGUGAUUACUGUUAUUCCCGCACCGAUGGAACCAGAUAUUGCCAUUCUCCCUUGCCUAACUUGUGGCUCCUUUUCCAGAAGUAUUCAAGAAGUUCAGUUAUUUCUGAGCGCUAAAGGCGGCAAGACGCUGCUCCAUCGGGAUCCUUAUAGCUCUGUGCAUUGCGUGUUUAACGGCACUAAGCAGUGGAUUGUCAUCGACCCCAAACAGAAGGCUUCACUUUAUAUUUCUGAAAACUCCAUGUAUGAGUUUGGAGGAUACUCCGACAUUGAGGUGGAUAACGUGGACUUAAAGAAAUAUCCAAAGAUGAGGAAUGUAGAGUACGCUCGGGUCAUCCUGGACAAAGGAGAUUGCAUCUAUAUGCCAAGCGGUUACAUGCAUCAAGUUCGUAUCAACGGCCACAUGAAUGCGGCAGUGUCGAUCUGGUUCUCUCACUACUACGAAUUUGACGCUGAUGGAUGCGACGACGCCCAGCCGGCGGACUACCAGCCGGCCAGUGAGGUCAACAUCCUCUGGAGGUAUAGCGGAAUCGGAGACAUUGUUAAGAGCUCAAUGGAUAUCUAUAUGUUCAGGACGGUUCUGCGAACACUGGCCGACAGGAAUGGCAAAAUAUGGAUUGAGAGCUUUGUCAAGAAAUUCUUAAUUGGUGAAAAUUACAACUUGGAAGUGUAUCAACGAAUGCAGAACUCAGUCCAGCAAUCAAUGGAUCCUUCCAAUCUCGGGUUCAUCACACUGGAAGACUUGAACAGCUACUCCAUUGAACGACUCAAGGAGAUUGUCAGCUCCAUUGAUAUUGUAGAACCUUCCGAUACAGAUCAGUAUGAAUAUUCCUACGUCGACCCCGAUGACAUCAGGUUGUUGUAUCGUGUUUUGUUAAAACGAAGUAAAGACGGAACCUUUAAAAGAAGUGAUUUUCUUCAACAUUAUGUGGAAGUUAUUGGUGGGACGACCGCUGUGGGCAAUGAGAUUCUUGAUACAUUCGGGGACGGAGUUGAACAAAUUACGGCAGAAAUGGUCGAUGAAACGGCCGAAGCCUCGGUCUUGAAAUUCGCGGAGGCCUUGGACUACGAUCCGUCACCAGAACACGUCUGGUACAAACAUCUUGUUAAAGAAGGGAUCAUACAAAAAUUUAAUGUAGUUCACGAUGAACUUUAAAUUAUAGGAUUUGAGGCAUUGCAUGGUGAGGUAUCAAUAUAUAUUUGGUUUCCGGUAACAUCAUGUGUGUAUCUAC